CAGAAAAUGUGGUGGUGUGUGAUUUGUCAAAAUUUGUGAUAACUGAUAAAGUAGAUGUUUUGAUUAACGGCCUCUCAACUCUCAAGUUCGUGUGGCAGUAACAGUCUCCUCUCCAUGCUUCCUCGCUCUCCUUCUUCCUUCGGGAACGCCUUCUUUCUUGUGGGUCAUCGUGUUUUGGACAUAAGAGUGUGUAAUGGUAGCUUAUUCCGUAAGAGUCAGAGAUGUUUCGGAGCGUCCAUUUCGUGUUCGGGCGGUGUCAGGAACCAAUCUAUUGUGCCUUCUAUUGAGCAACUAAGCGAUGCACGGGUUAUAUACUCUGUCGCUCCAUCUAUGGGCCACAACCAGGAGUCUCAUCCAGAAUCACAUUUUAGAGUUCCUGCGAUUGUGAAUGCUCUAGAGGAAAUGCAGCUUACUUACAAGUUCCGUGGCUCUGAGGUAAUUGAACUUCAACAUUUUGAGCCUGCUUCAGUAGACGAUAUUGCAAGUGUGCAUGCAAAAGCCUAUGUUUCUGGGCUUGAAAAGGUUAUGGACCAAGCUGUGGAGAAGGGCCUUAUUUUCGUUGAUGGUUCUGGACCAACAUAUGCCACUGCCACUACCUUCCAGGAGUCAAUAAUUGCAGCUGGCGCUGGAUUAGCCUUAGUUGACUCAGUGGUUGCAGCUUCAAAGAUAAAGAGAGAUGCACCCACUGGUUUUGCUCUGAUAAGACCGCCAGGACAUCAUGCUGUUCCACAAGGACCUAUGGGCUUCUGCAUUUUUGGAAAUGUGGCCAUUGCAGCCCGUUAUGCUCAGCGUGUUCAUGGACUGAAGCGUGUGUUCAUAAUUGACUUUGAUGUUCAUCAUGGGAAUGGAACGAAUGAUGCUUUCUAUACUGAUCCGGAUGUAUUUUUCCUUUCUUUUCAUCAAGAUGGAAGCUAUCCAGGUACUGGUAAAUUUGAUGAGGUGGGUAGUGGAGACGGUGAAGGAACCACACUAAAUCUGCCUCUUCCUGGAGGCUCUGGUGAUACUGCUAUUAGAACUGUGUUCGAUGAAGUCAUUGUACCAUGUGCUCAAAGAUUUCAACCAGACAUAAUUCUCGUUUCUGCUGGAUAUGAUGGCCACGUGUUGGAUCCACUUGCUAAUCUUCAAUACACAACUGGAACAUAUUACAUGCUAGCGUCCAGUAUUAAACAACUAGCGAAAGACUUAUGUGGUGGCCGAUGUGUGUUUUUCUUGGAGGGAGGGUAUAAUCUGAAGUCUCUUUCAUAUUCCGUGGCAGACACAUUCCGUGCUCUUCUUGGGGAUCCAAGCUUGGCAUCUGAGUUUGAUGACCCUAACAUUUUGUACGAAGAGCCAUCCACAAAAGUUAAGCAAGCUAUUCAGAGGAUAAAACACAUUCAUUCCCUGUGAUGUCGAAAAUCUGAAACUGGCAUGACAAGUAUGCAUCUAGCAUUAAUAAUUUCAUUUUCUGUGGGUUCCAUCCAUAAGUAUAUGUCUUUACUUUACCCCCUUGAAUUGGGUGGCCAUUGUCCCACUCAUCAUAUAGAAGCAAAGCCAUUGUACAUGAUUACUUGUGGUGUUCGAACAAAAUCUCCGGUUACAGUUAUUAGAUGCCGUGCAGCCAUGGCUGUAUCUCUCUGUAUAUAUAUAUAAUAAUAAUUUUAU